GCUGCUGCUGCUGCUGUGAGACAUGGUGUCUGGAAAACAAGGGAUUCAGUCCAGAUUUGGUCCCUCAAACAGGAUCUUGGAGCUGGCGCAGCACAAAACCUCAAAAGCAGUUUGGGCCACAACUCCUUGUGGGAAGCUGAGCUGGGGCAACCAGGAGCCAAUAUGGCCCAUCUCCGCCUCAGCGCUCGGGGCCGUUCCAAGUGCAAGAAUCCAAUACCUAGCCAGGCACAAAAGAGACUUCUCAGCAAGGGAGGACCACCGGAGGAAAGAGGAGGAGGAGGAGGCGAGCUUCUCCAGGAAGACCCAACAUCCUUCCUCUAAGGCUUCCCAGUAUGAGCAGAUUGUCCGUUUGUCAACACCCAGAACCAGGAGCUCCCAGGAAGCAGGGUCCCACAUGCCUCCUCACACACCUCAGUGUGAGAAUAACUGUCCCGUUUGGCACGUUGAUCCCAGCGUGAAAGCUGCUGUGAUCACACCGCGACUGCUGCAGCUCUCCAACCCCAAACUGAACCAUCCAGAUUUCCAGAGCAACAGAGAGAGCAUUGAAUCCGUGGUCUCCUUUGCUUCCAAGACGGCUCGAAUCUCUCAGCGACUGGUCCAGCUGUCACUGCCCAGACUGAAGCAGAGCAACAUCUGCCUGGAGCUCGGACACCCAGUGGAAUCAAUCUGGACUGUUUCAAAGGCGGCGAGGAGAGCCACAGCGAGUGCUCGUGUUGAAAUGCUCGCAACACCAAAACAGCUUUCCAAGGACUACAUCCCUCCACGAGAACCAGAGUGGAGCCAGAGAGACGUUCUGUUCUUCUGAACUUCCAUCAACAUCACAACUAAGCAUCACAGGAGCGCAGUGGCUCGGAGCAGUUGGGCUGAGUGUUCCUGGGGAAUAAAAGUUCUCCAGUUGGACUCACCUCUUUCCACUCACCUCCUCCGGCAUCGGCACACUUUGGCCUUUGUUUGGUUUUCAUUUGCUUUCACUUUACAAAAUCUUACACUUCACCCUGUUCACUCACAUCUACAUCACUGACUCACCUUUGUCACAACAAUAAUAAUAAAUUGACUCGUUCUUGGACAAGUGGACAUUCGAGAAACUGCAGUUUUUGGCACUUCCACAUUGGCUUUGUCUUUCACCCCUAGACACUGGUGCUUGGGUGGGAAUGA